AUUUUAAGUUUAUCAGUCGUCAUUUCACAUCGCAACUGUAGGACGGAGAACGUCAGGACUCAAUUUCAUCAUAUUUCUCUUACAACUGUAGUGGAGAAUUGCCUACUAUGAACUGAAACUCUUCCUAAAAUCAAAUCAAGUAGAUAAUAGUGAAGUGACGCAUAAGCCAGUAGAUUCCAGUGUCGAGUUGUAAUUUUUUGCACCUCAAUGUAGCUAGAGGAAAUGGCUGUGGAAAGCAUGACUGUCCAUCCAAACUCCCCAACUACCAACCACGAACACAACAGUCUCCUGACUGACGAAAGGCCAGAGGAUGGAGAGCUGGAGGAGGGCGAACUGGAAGAUGAUGGGGGAGACGUGGAGGAGAAGGAGAUUAGCGGAGGUACGUCCGCAGCAACAGCAGCAGCAGCAGCAGCAGCAGCAGCAGCAGCACCACCAGGAGGAGGCGGAGAUGGCGGCGAAGAAGUAGGCGGAGGAGGUGAAGCAGUAGCUGAAGGGGCCGGGGAGAGGCCUCGGCGAAGUAAGGAGCGCAGCAAUUCAGAUGACGAGAGAUCCCACCGUCGCAAGAGGAAGAGGAAGAAAGAGAGGGAGCGAGAAAGGGAGAAGAGGAGGUCAAAGAAGAAACGCAAAUCCAAACACAAACGUCAUGCAUCCUCUGAUGACGACCACUCGGACCUCAGCGAUGACUCUGACUACAGUCCCAGUGAGAAGAGGAAGUACAGAGAGUAUAGUCCACAGUACCCCCCUCCUUCUCACGGCGGGGGCUACGGCGGCUCAAAGAAGGGCGGAUACAUGAAGAUGGACAAACAGAGCUAUGGAGGAUACGAAGACUUUGAAGAAGAAAACUUUGAGGGAGAGGAAGAGGAGGAAAUGGUUGAUGAAGACUAUGACGACUUCACCAAGGAGCUCAACCAGUACCGCAAGGCUAAAGAGGGAGGAGGCGGUCGCGGUGGACGAGGGGGCAAAGGUCGCAUGAAGAACCAGAGAGGCCGUGGAGGAAUGAGGGGAGGGAGGAGGGGAAGAGGAGGGAGCAGAGGAAGAGGAGGUCGAGGAGGUGGUGGUGGAGGAGGAGGAGGAAAGAUGGGAGGAGAGAACGACGAUGGAGAGGGCUAUGGCGAGGAAAUGGAGUACGUAGAUGAUGACUAUGACAACAUGGGGGAUGAGGACUACGACGACUACUCAAAAGAACUCAAUCAGUACAAGAAGUGCAAAGACAGAGGCCGAGGAGGUAAAGGUGGCCGCGGGCGAGGGAGGGGUAAAGGAGGGCGAGGUAUGCUCAGAGGAGUAAGGGGUCGAAACCGCGGGAGAGGAAGAGGCGACAUGGGCAAUGAUGACGACAACAAUGGGGACAUGGACAACGGGGACGGAGGAGGAGGAGGAGGAGGUGAUGGACCGGGACUAGGGAGGAGGAACCAGAAUGAGAAGCAUCAGGAUAAGAAAGGAAAGGCCAUCUGCAAGUACUACAUCGAGGGACGAUGCACCUGGGGGGACCACUGUAACUUCAGCCAUGACAUUGAACUGCCCAAGAAGAAGGAGCUGUGCAAGUUCUACAUCACUGGAUUUUGCGCCCGAGCCGACCACUGUCCUUACAUGCAUGGUGAAUUCCCCUGCAAGCUGUUCCACACCACAGGGAACUGUGUCAAUGGAGACGAGUGCAUGUUCUCCCAUGACGCCCUCAAUGAUGACACCCAGGACCUGCUCAACAAGAUGCUGGCAGAAGAUGCAGAGGCUGGAGCAGAGGAUGAGAAGGAGGUGGAGGAGCUGAAGAAGCAGGGGAUCAACCCUCUCCCCAAACCCCCUCCUGGAGUUGGCCUCCUCCCCACCCCUCCCCGGCCUGUUCCUGUAGACGCCAACACAGGGCCUGGGGAUUUUGGAGGGCCUGCGCCGGUUGACUUUGGGGGUCCUCCUGGACCUAACCAGGGGCCCAUUUCCAACAAAGGUCCCCCGGGACCAGGGCCUUGUCCGGGGCCUAACCCAUGUGUUGGUCCCCCUCCCCACGGCCCAGAUGGAAGUCUCUUCCAAGGCGGGCCCCCAAAUCCCGGUUGCCCCCCUCCACAUAUGGGCCCCCCACCUCCUUGUGGCGGCGGUGGGAAGAAGAUCCCCUCAUUGUUUGAGAUUAAAGUUCAGCCCACGGGACAGCUGGCUCACAAACUGGCCGUUAGGGGCCAGACUCCAAGUGGCACCCAGGGUCAGACUUCAACACCUGGACCCCAAGGGCCCCCUGGUGGCCCUCCGCCCUGCUUCCCUGUUCCCCCAGGCAUGAUGCCCCCUGACAUGCAGAACAUGGGCCCCAACCAUGGGAUGAACCAGGGCCCCCCCAACAUGGGCCCCGGCGGACCGCCCAUGAUGGGAGGAUUUGCGCCUGGUGACGGGCCUCCACAUGGGGGUGCUAUGCCUCCAGGUCCUCCCCCGGGUGGAGGAAACUUCUUCAAUAACUUCUUCAAUCCGCAGGACGCUAUGAAGAUGGAAGGAGUGGUGCAAGAAGGUGACAACUACCAGGGCUUUUCUGGUAUGGACGAGAGAGGAGGACCAGGGAAAGUUGGUAAUCAGUCUGGUGGCCAAGACGGCUCCGCUAAUGGAGCGUCGUCCAAUCAGGGAGGGAUCUCUGUGCCUGACUUCCUGCCUCCAGCGCAGCGCGUCCUGUUCAUGAGGAUCCAACAGAAGCAGCAGGAAGAAGAGGAAAGAGCUCGCAGGAUGGCCGAGGGAGGAGCAGAGAAGAGUAGAGACACCGAAGGUGACUCAGGGAACUGGUACUCCAGUGAGGAUGAGGAUGGCGGUGGUAGUGUGACCUCCAUCUUGAAGACGCUCCGUCAGCAGACCCAGGCUCCUCAAAAAUCUGACAGCCACCCGAGCGACCCUCGCCUCCAGAAGGCCUCUCCCGCUAACCCUCUGCCGCGGCCAGCAGACCCCCGCAUGGCUCGGGACCCACGCCUAGCACGUGGUGCAGAUUCAUCCCAAAUCUCGGACUCCACCCACCCCACUUUAUCUUCCUCUGGACCGCCUGCAGACCCCAGGUUAGCCCGGCUAGCUGCAGCUGUUUCAGCGGGAUCCACCUCCCACUUUCCUCCUGGUCCUAAACUAGAGCCUCCUCUGGUCUACAAGCCCCCACCGCUUACAACCCCGGUGGUGGAGGAGGAGGAGACGGAGCGGGUUCUACGGGACAAGCCAGUGCCGAUUCCUCUGGACCCGCUCAUGGGAAUGGCUCUUAGAGAUCCGCGCUCGCAGCUGCAGCAGUUCAGCCACAUCAAGAAAGAUAUUGUUCUCCACAUGCCGGCCUUCAUCAAAACCAUCACCUGGUCGCCUGAGGAUCUCCUUCCUAUCCCUAUCCCCAAGCAGGACCUCCUUCCUCUCCCACCAGGCAUCCCUCCUGUCCCUACCAUAGAAGCACGUCUGUCCCGCACUCAGCCGCCGCCGAUCCAAACAUCGCUCCCUCACUCACAGCCUCCUCCCGUUCAGCCUCCUCCCUCCUCCUUGGACCCCCCUGCUCCCUCUUCCUCCACCUCCACCCUCCCAGACUUUGAACUACUGUCUCGUAUCCUAAAGACUGUCAACUCCAGCCCGUCCCAGACUCCCUCCCCUCCUCUCUUACCCACCCCUAUUCCCUCUAUGUCGCUGCUGGGUCCACCUCCCUCCAUGCUUCCCCCACCUCUAGAAAAGCCUAUUGACCCCCGUGUGUCCCGCAAAGCACUCUCAGAUCCCCGUCUCCAGCCUCAGAAGUCAGCACUGAAGCAACUAUCAGACCCUGUGCCUCCUCCUGUCCCCUCUACAUCUCCAGCAACAACUUCUAGCUCCUCUACACCUACCAUCGCCCCCUAUGACCCAAGGCUGUUCUCCUCAGGUGGGACAGGGCGCGGUGUGGGAGCUGGGCCACCAGGGGGAGCCAGUGUGCUGAGCAACAUCAGUCUGUAUGACCCUCGGACUAACAAACCAGGCAGCCCUGGUACCAGCAGUGGCUCUAACAACUCCCCCAACUCGGCCAGCACAGAGUCCAAACCCAGUGACCCCCCGCCGGUUAAACCUAAGUCCAAGGAACCCCUGUUUGUUCGGAAGUCUGCAUUGGAUCAACCAGAGCCGGAAAAAAGUGGAGAGCAAGGGACCGAUCGAUAUAACAGCUAUAACAGGCCCCGGCCUAAGCCCGCGCCCUCGCCCAACUCAGCGGCCCAGGGAGGUCCCUCUGCAGCCGCCGCAGCAGGUCAGGGUGCUCCCGGAGCUUCUGGGGAUCAGGGGCCAGCGGGUGUCCACAACCUACCAGUGUCCUCUUUAUUUGGUGUGGUGAAGCAGGCGGCCAUGCCCGGCGGGAGCAGCCCCUUUGGAGGCAACAGUCCGGUGCAGUCUGAGCAGACGACCACAGAGCAGGACAACGCCUCGCUGAAGGACGUUUUCAAAGGCUUUGACCCCACAGCGUCGCCCUUCUGCCAGUAA